GGUGGCGGCGGUGGAAGAGGCAGAGGCCGUGGCGGCGGCGGUGCAAGACGCGACAGGGAAGUAAUUGGAAAUACAAUCAAAAUAACGGGUGGCCCCUACAAGGGAAACGUGGGUAUUGUGAAGGAUGCGACGGAGACAACAGCGCGCGUGGAACUACACUCCACGUGCCAGACAAUCUCUGUCGAUCUGUCUCGAAUCGCAAACGUCGGCGUCCCAAUAAAGGACGGUGGCUGCAGUUACAACAGAACUCCGGCUUACGGAGCCGGUGGGCAGACGCCGCUGUACGAGGACGGUUCUCGCACCCCUCAUUAUGGUUCAAUGACGCCGUCUCACGAUGGAUCGCGAACGCCAGGACAAUCUGACGCCUGGGACCCGUCAGUUACUAACACACCCGCCAGGACAAACGAUUUCGACGGCUACAGUAUAGAAGAAGGUGGCUCGCUCGGUUACGGGCCCGGAUAUCCUCCCACCGGUGGGCCGUUUACCCCACAGACUCCGGGCACCAUGUACGGCUCGGAUCGACAAUUUUAUGAUAUACUUUAAUGUAAUAUGUUCUACCUCUAGUCUUAUUAAAACAGAAAUAAAAGUUUUUAUGACAUA